AUGAAACCAAGCGAAAAUUUCCGUCUUCCUAAGUUAGAAUUGAAACGUUUUGAUGGUAAUAUUAAAAACUGGCUAGGAUUCUGGGGAAAAUUUAAAAAGAUUCAUGAUGAUGAUAGAAUUGAUGCAGAUGAUAAAUUUCAGUAUCUUUUACAAGCAACUGAAGAAGGUUCAUCGGCUAGAGAUUUAGUUGCAAGUUUUCCAUCAUUUGGCGAAAACUAUUACAAUGCUACAGAACAGCUGAAAUCUCGUUUUGCUAAAGAUGAACUAUUAAUUCAAAUUUAUGUUCGUGAACUUUUAAAUCUAGUUUUAACGCAAGCGAAAAGUGGCGAAAAUUUUACUUUGCGGAUUCUAUAUGAUAAAAUUAGCGACUCAGGCUGCGAGCAUUAG